CCUCGUUGAGACCUCCUCCAAAAUUUCCCCAAAACCUUCCUAUCCAUAGCAAACUUUGGAGAAGGGAGUGAAUUGAGGCUGGAAGUCCGAGACAAACACCUUGAAGACCUAGAAUUUCGCGCGAGGACUCGGUCUCCACGCCACCAGAGAGAAGCGGUGACUAAGCCGGAGGAGAGGAAUGCCGUCGACGCUACUUGAGGUAACCCGCGCGUCACACGAGGAGAUAGAGCGGCUCGAGCGGGUCAUCGUUAAGGAUCUCCAGACCGAGCCGGCCACCAAUAAGGACCGCCUCUACCAGAGCCACCGCAUUCGCAACGUUAUUGAGAGAAUCAUUGACACCACGCACAGACUUGUCGAUAUCUAUGAAGAUAAAGACGGGGCGCGGAAGGAUGAGAUUGCGGCUCUGGGAGGACAAACUGCUACUGGAAGUAACAUGUACAGUGCUUUUUAUGACAGAUUAAAGGAGAUACGCGAAUACCAUAGACAGAAUCUUGGUGCACGUGUUCUUGACACCAGUGAUGAGUAUGAACAACUUCUCAAGCAUGAACAACCAAUUACAUUUAGUGGGGAAGUGAGUGCUUUUACAAUACUUGCAAUUAUUUGUGCAUGCAUAUGCAUAUGGAUGACUUGUGGCAGCACUUCGGUGCCCAAAUCCUUUAGAGAGUAAUAAUUUGCUAUACCAUUAUAGAUUUUAUAGUAGUAUUUGUUGUUCACAAAAAGAAAUAAUGAUUUAGAACAAGAUAGGAUUGUGAAGGAUCUAUACAAAAAAGCUUCUAUAAGAGAUUCCUGUUAUGGAUUUAUUACCAAAAUUUGCAGUAAAAAUGUAGGAGCAGCUGACACUGUCUAGGGAGUAAAGUUUUCAAAUUGGAAAAAGCAUUUAGUCAGAUUGAACUUAUGCCAAUUCUGAGAUUUUUGUUUGUUUGCAGUUGUAGUUAAGUUUUUAGCUUUCCCUAUGCAAGCUCCAUAGUCCACAGAGAGGGACCGAUUCAUAGAUGUAAGAAAUUACGAAUGACUUCUGUAAUGGGAGAAUGUGUGGAAUUUGGACCAACAAUCAAUCUGUUUUUUUAGGGAUUUGUGGAUUUAGAUAUUUAUUUUAAUUGCAUAACAAUAACACUUCUCAAAAUGGUCCUUGUCGCCAAGGGUCAGGCAUUGGAGAUUCCAGGUAUUGUUGCUGAAAGCUAUACCACGAAACCCAUGGAAUCUCUUCCUCCAAAACUCCUCUCCAUCAAGUUACACUUAAAUUAUCAAUUAGUUUUUCUUCCUACCAACCUGUGACUGCAGAAUAGUUUCUGAAACUUUUUCCAUGCUUAAUUUGAUGAGAACAUUACCCCCUAGCUCUUUUGUCCAGCAUAUGGUUCAAAAUUCUCUCAAUAGGAUUUGAUCAUCAAUGCUUUUACCAUGUUCGAAGCCUCCUUGCUCUGGGGAUAUAACUUUAUCUAGAGUACUGCCGAAUCUAGAGGCUAGAAUUCUAUUUUGAUUUUGCUCAUGAAGGUGAAAGUGAAAUAGGCCCACAGUCACCAAAUCCCUUUGCAUCUUCCCCAUUAGGUAUGAGGGUGAUAAAGCUACUUCCAUAGCUAGUUGGGACUGGAAAGCCCAUGAAAAAUUCCUGACUAUCUUUCCAGACAUCCUCGUGGAUUAUCUCCCAAGUUCUUCUAAAAAAUUGGCCAUUAUAAC